AUGUCGGCCUCUAAACCCGAACGAAUCAUUAAGGUCGGCAUCAUCGGCUGCGGCGAGAUUUCCCAAGUCGUUCAUAUUCCAACUCUUUCUUACAUGAGCGACUGGUUCACCAUCACUUACCUCUGUGAUAUCUCAGCCAAUGCCCUACAGCACUGCGCUUCAAAAGUCAACAAUGCCGUGGAAACAACAAAAGAUGCUGCCGAACUCUGCGCCUCACCUCAGGCCGACGCUGUAGUCAUAGCCAAUGCAAACGAAUAUCAUGUUCCUCACGCUAUAUUAGCUCUUCAGAAUGACAAGCAUGUUCUUGUCGAGAAACCUUUGGCGUUCACUAUGAAGGAUGCGCUGGCUGUCGAGGCUGCAGAGGAGUCGAGUCAAGGAAAGCUCAUGGUUGGAUAUAUGAGACGCUAUGCUGCACCAUUUGAGGAUGCGGUGCGUGAGAUUGGUGGAAUGGACAAGAUACUCUACGCUCGCGUGCGAGACAUCAUCGGUCCUAAUUCAUACAUGGUUGAUCAAUCUGGAACGUACCCGAAGAAGUUCACAGACUUCUCUGACGCAGAUAAUCAGGACAGGGAAGUGAAAAAUGAAGAGGCGAUGAGGAUAGCUCUACAGGAUGAAUGUGGUGGUAUUCCUGUAACACCGGAGACAACUCGUAUGUGGCGUCUCUUUGGUCUCCUUGGAUCUCAUGACCUCUCUUUGAUGAGAGAAGUCCUUGGAAUGCCUGAAAAAGUAGUUGGAACCUCGCUAGGGUUUCCUUUCUGGAAUGUUUUGUUCAAGUACGAGAACUUCACAGUCUCAUACGAGUCUGGCUUACACAACAUUCCACAGUUCGACGCUCACUUAGAAGUUUAUAGUGCGAACAAGACUGUCAGGCUACAGUACGAUACCCCAUAUAUUAAAGGCCUCCCCGUUACAAUGCAUGUAACAGAGAAUGCCGAUGGAGUCUUGAAGGAGACAACCAUCCGAAAAUCGUUUGAGGAUCCCUAUACUCUCGAAAUGAAGGCUUUGUGGGAAAUGGCUGCGGAAGGGAAGCAGGCCAAGACGACGGUGCAAGAUGCUAUGCAAGAUCUGGAGCUUUAUCUCAUGGCGAUGCGCUAUGAGCAUGGCAUCAAAUGA